AUGUUUGGCAUGAACAGAACCGACGAGGCCACCUCAAACAGCCACAUCAUCAAAGUCGGCAUCAUCGGCUGCGGCAUGCAAACCCAAGUCAUCCACAUCCCCCUCCUAAACAGCCUCUCCAACCUCUUCCAAAUUACGUACCUCUGCGACGUCUCGCCAGCGGCCCUCCAGCACAGUCUUCUCAAGUCUCCGGAAAUCCCUCAAACCCCUCCACCACCCUCAGCAUCCCCGAGCACCAGCACCCAAGUCGACCUAGUCCUAAUAGCAACCUCCCACGUCUUCCACGCUCGCCACGCAACCCUCGCCCUCCAAGCCGGCAAAUACGUCUGCAUCGAAAAACCCAUCGCCCUGACCCUCCAGGACACAGAUGCCAUCAUCGCCGCCGACGCAGCCGCAGGCGGCGACAAAGUCUUCAUAGGCUAUAUGCGUCGGUAUGCCGCUGCUUUCGUCGAUGUUGUGAAAGAAGUGAACUCAACCAUCGUCGGGGGUGAAGGGCAGAUCCGCUACGCUCGAGUGCGAGAUAUCACUGGAUCUAAUUCCGUCUUUGUGAGCCAGUCAGGGACGUAUCCUGGGACUUUCAAUGAUUAUCGUCAUGAAGAUUCGGAGGCGCUGCGAAUCAAGACCGCGAGCGAUAUGCACCAAGCCCUCGAAGUGGAGCUCGGAAUCCCACUUACGAAGCAGACGGAGCUGAUUUGGGAAGUUCUCUCCACGCUCGUAUUCACGAUCUAA